AUGGAAAACGUUGGAGGAUGCGGAGAUGUUGGUCCACGGCGGAGUUCAAGAAAGCGCAUAAUAAAGAAAGAUGUAGACUUUCAUUAUGAGUGCGAUUUCAAUACCGCUAUGUAUCAAUCAACCUCAUCUCUCUCCCAACCAGCUCCGCAAACGAAGAGAGUGAGAACUGCGAGACCAUCAUACCGUAUGCCUACAGUUGUCGUUAAAGAACAGGCUGGAAUCGGCGAAGAAGUGGAAAGCAACUACGAGGCUUCGAAUUUUCAACCGAAUUAUCAACAGAAUUAUCAACCGAAUUCUCAACCAAAUUAUCAAUCGAACUAUCGAUCGAAUUAUCAAUCGAAUUGUCAAACGCGUUAUACGGGGGAGCCGGAUACUCUAUUGGUUGAUCCAGUGAAUCGUCAAUCAUUGUUGGAUAGUCUUGUGAGACUCGAACAACCGGAUAUAAUCAAUAUGAACACAUCUGACAUUUUAGAUAUUCAUUGCGAGAACUUGAAACGUCGAUUUGAAACCAUCACUUGCGCUUAUCUCAAAGAUUGGAGUGUUCCUCGCGCUAUUCAACUCUCCGCAGUUCCAUCACGCUUUGUAGGUAUUAACCAAAUCAAUCAACUCAACCAUUUGCCUGAAUCUGAUGAACUCGUUGUAAAAGAUGUCGUCGAAAAAAUGCUCAACGCCGUCACUCCCAUCGACAAUUGA